AUGCGUUUCACCGUUGCAAUUGCCGCUGCUCUCGCCGCCCUCAGCUCUGUUUCCGCCCAGAACGGCAUGCAAUGCGGUGUCAACCAUGCGCUCAUCCCUCUCGACUUACUCCAGUCUAACUCUUGCAGCAUGACCGGCAUGGGCGGUGGUCCCAACUUCAUGCAGUGUGGCGGCGACGCCGGCGAUGGCUUCUUCGGUCUUGGCGCGAUUGUCUCUCUUGACCUUCUCCAACAGAACAAGUGCUCCAUGAGCGGGGAACCAGGCCCCUUCGACAGCUUCGCCGCCGGUGGAGGUCUCUUCCGCAAGGAGGCCAACAACCAAAAGAAGGAUGACAAGAAGGCAUGAAGCGUCCCUCGAAGAGAUUAGCCACGGUGACAUUCAAAGAGUUCUGCCGUCCUCUUCUCAUUCGAACGAUAGCUCCAACCAAUACCCUCCUCAUUGGCCUGGUCAUCUCAUCGCUUCUGUUCCUCAUAAUCUGGUUCUCAAUAGUCCCCGGAAUUGUCUGCUCUGUGUUUCCUUUCUUCUUGUCUAACUUGACCUCUACCACCUCAACGGCUAUUGUUAUACAUUCCCUUUUCAACUAGUGGCUCAUUCAACUCUUGUGAAGUAUAUUUUCUUGCAAUGAUCCAACCCUCUUGACAUGCAAUUACCCUAGUCACUCGUUAAUCCUGAGCUUAGCGUGGCUUGCCACUUCAAACGUCCCUGCAUGAGCUUCACCAAUCUCUGGUCGUUUUUGCUUCAAUAAUCAAGAUUCCUAAAUCCAUCACACUCACCCGAGCGAUGAUGUUUGGGGUGGAGGAAUGAGAUGAUUAUGAA